AUGUACACCAUAGAUAAUGAGUCAACAUUUCCCUAUGUGAUGGAAACAUCACCAGAAAAUCACCCCGACGAUGAUGCUAGCAGUCAUAACAACGUACCGAAUGGCGGAACUUCGUCUCCAAGUAUUGAGUUUGCGCAAUCGCGGCCAAACGGCCUUUCAACCAUCUCUGGAGUGUUCGCUCCUGUUGCAUUGUCAAUGUUUAGUAUCCUGCUCUUCAUGAGAAUGGGAUUCGUCGUGGGGCAGCUUGGCUUCCUGAUGACUGUUGUACAGUUAUUAAUGGCCUACGGGAUUGUGAUGUUGACAGUGCUGUCUCUUUGCGCUAUCUCAUCAAAUGGAGCGGUGGAAAGCGGAGGAGUUUACUAUAUGAUAAGUAGGUCGUUGGGGCCAGAAUUUGGUGGUGCUAUUGGUGUUUUAUUUUUCGUAGCUAACGUCUUUUCUUGCGCUCUGUAUAUAUCAGGAUUUACAGAAGCGCUACUCAAUAACCUUGGUGGAGGGCAAUUUCCUGACUCACCUAUGUGGCGAUUUUUAUAUUGUGUGCUGGUUUCCAUCAUCCUCCUCAUUAUCGGCUUACUUGGCGCUGGCAUCUUCGCCAAAACGGCAUUAUUCACUUUCAUCUUAAUCUCGAUAUGCUAUUCUACAUGGCUAAUUUCUGUGAUAUUCGAUGGAGCUAUGCAAGUGCCUAUACCGAAAGUAAACACUCCCGCUUAUCGCGUCCAUGAGAAUGCUUCCGAUCCCGGAAGCCCUAUGAUUGUGCAGUUGAAUCAGACUUUAACGGCCAAUUAUACUGGAUUUAGUUUUCGAACGCUCGGUGAAAAUAUGUUUACGAACUACACCAUGGAUUAUACGACUGAACGACAAACCGAUUUUGCAUUGAUGUUUGCCAUUAUUUUCUCGGGUGUCACUGGUCUAAUGGCUGGUGCGAACAUGUCUGGCGAAUUGGCUCGUCCUUCAGUCUCAAUUCCUCGGGGCACUGUGCAGGCGGUCUUAGUCACGUUGCUCAUUUACAUUAUGACUGCAUUUUUGAUGGCUGCUACAUCGAGUAGAUAUCUUCUUCAGAACGACUACACUGUAAUGAUGGAUACAAAUUUCCAAAGAUGGUUUAUCCUCAUUGGUAUUUUUUCUACUACACUGUUUUCCUCUAUGAGCAACCUUAUAGGAUCGUCUCGCGUCCUCAAUCGUCUCUCACAUGACAAACUUUUUGGUUGCCUCUUAAGGCCGGCAAAGAUAGAGAUUGGGGACCGAAAUCCUGUGGCCUACAUUCAAAUAUUUUGCCUGGUGGACGUGCGCUCUUGGCGUGAUUUGCACCACAACGAUGAUGUUGGUAGUAGAUGCGUCGAUGAGCGCGAUUGGUAUUGUGGUCCUAAUGUCACUCAUUAUGGUGCUGCAUUACCAAGCGCCAACAGUAUCGUCCGGUUCAAUUUCACAAGCGUUGAUUUACCACCAAGUCCGAAAAUACCUCCUUCUAUUAGAUGUCCGAAAAGAGCAUGUCAAAUCCUGCUUCUUGUUUCGAGGCCUUCUUCUUCGUGCCCACUGAUGGAUUUUGUCAAUGAUCUCAAGAAGUCUGGGCUUUAUGUUAUCGGACAUGUGCGGAAGGGCGAGCUAGAUUCAACGCAGGCUGUUGAUCCACUUCAGCAAGUGUUUCCAUAUUGGUUGUCUCUGGUGGAUUAUCUGAAACUAAAAGCUUUUGUCGAGCUCACGCUUUCCAACAGCAUUCGAGAAGGUAUUCAGCAGCUUAUGCGACUAUCUGGAUUGGGCGCGAUGAAGCCGAACACGGUAGUGUUAGGAUUCCACGAGGCUACACCCAUAGAUGUGACCCUGCAGGAGUCUCAACUUCUAAAGGAUUUGCGUUAUUCAAAGAUUGAUCGUGCUGCGGUGGUCGAGUACUUCACUGCGGGCGAUUUCAUGCCUAAGGAAUUGAAUGGCAAUAUGGAACGGCUGUCAUCGUCAGAAUAUGUUAAUGUUUUGAAAGAUGUGCUGCACAUGACAAAAAGUUUAUGCGUCGCAAGGCACUUUCAUAAAAUGGAUAAGGAAUCACUUUCUCAAAAUUGGAACCAGAAACGUUACAUCGACGUGUGGCCCGUCGACCUCCAGAGGCCCGUUGAAACAGGGCUGGGUUGGGACAACAGUUCCUUGUUUUUGCUACAGUUAGCGUGUAUCCUUUCAAUGUCAUCACGGUGGCGGUCUCACGCACGCCUACGAGUGUUUAUAUGCGUCAACAGUUUGCAGGAUAUGCAUCGUCGAGAUCGGCAGCUGAAACAAAUGCUGGACACUUUGCGUAUCAAAGCAGAAUCAAUUGUUGUGCCGUGGGAUCAUGUAGUUUGUCAUUUUCCACAACAAAACGGACCUGCAAUAACAACCCAACGGCCCACGGUUGAGCUACCAGCAUCAUACCUUACCGCAUUCAACGACAUGAUCAAGCGCUACAGCGAGGAGGCGGCAAUAACACUUUUGAAUCUCCCAUUACCUCCGGAUGAUGUGAUUCCAAAUGCUGAUAGGUAUCUGGAUCAAAUUCGCCGUUUAACGGACUCACUUCCACCGACGCUGAUGGUUCAUGGAGUGUCAUCAGUCAUCUCUACAGCGCUCUAA